GGAACCGUAGGUAUUUGUCUCAUUCUCCACUACGACAUGUGGUUUGUGCUAUCUGACGUGAGAUAAGCACCGGUGGAAAGCUAGCAGUCUGAACUAUGGAGCAGAUAAAUGAUAUCCAGGUCGUUCCGUGCACCAACUCCAAUUAUCUGAAACCAUUCAGGGUGCACUAUAGCCAGAAUGGGACAAAGAAAUCGUGGGACUUCAUGCGAACUCAUGACAGUGUUUCGGUGCUGAUCUUCAACACCACCUCACACUGCUUCAUCUUGGUCAAGCAGUUCCGCCCAGCCGUGUACAUGUGUGAGUGGGAGAGGACCAAGGCACCAGAGCCAGCCAUGCAGGCAGGGGUGGAGGAAGAGGGGGCUGCUAUCCCAGAGACUCCCAUCAGUGAGGUUCCCCAGCAGGAGGCUGUUGCUACGGCUGGGGGCGUCAAGACCCCCCAGCCCCCGGGCUCGGCGGGUAUGACCUACGAGCUGUGUGCAGGCCUGGUGGAUAAGGCCGACCUGUCGCUGGAGGAGAUUGCCAGGCAGGAGGUGCUGGAGGAGUGUGGCUACGACGUGCCAGUCGCCAAGCUGCGGAGGAUCACAUCGUACAGCUCCAGCGUAGGUGUGACAGGAGCCAAGCAGACCAUGUUCUACGCCGAGGUGUCGGACGAAAACCGCGUGGGCGAGGGCGGAGGCGCGCCUCAGGAGGGUGAGCUGAUCGAAGUGGUCAAGGUGCCCCUCCACGAGGCCAUGACCUUUGCCUACGACGAGAGCGUCCCCAAGACCAUGGGCGUCAUCUUCAGCUUCAUCUGGUUCCACAACAACAUGUCGCCCAAGUACAAGAUCUCCACCAACGUGUAACCCACCCAACCCGUCCUUGCACUCUUGAGCCUGAGAGGUCACGAAGAUGGCAACAUCACUCUUGUUCAGAGCUGCUCGUCUGCAGUUGAUUUGAUCUCGUUCCAGGAAUGCAAAAAUGUUGUUUCUUAUUCAGUGCCAGAGCUUAUCACAUAUGACGGUCGUUGCUGAGUCUAAUUACCACAGCUGUUCAGGCACGCCUUGCUAACGUUCUCUACGAUCUACACAGCCUCAAAGCCAGUGUUUCCCAUUCUUGUGUAUUGGGGGGGCUAGAAAAAAAAUAUUCUCCCCUUUUGGGUCCCUCACGUCCAGGACUGGGAGACACUUCUCUAAGCAAUACUUUGAUAGUUUGAUAGUUGGUUGUUUGAUCAUGGUCUAAAAACAAAUCAACAUUUCAGUUUGCUUAGGCAUUUAGAUAUGUUGUAAGCAUUGCAUUGAAUCCAGGGAUGUCAAUGCGUGCUCUGAGGUCACAAGAAAUUGUACUUUCGAUAGAGGCUUCUUUUAACUACCACAGGAAUAUCACCUACCUCUACACUGAUAAGCUUUAUUUCAGUUACUAAUGUCACAAUACCAGUAUCACAAUACUCAGAGGUAUUGUAAUAUCGUGAUACUACAAUACUCACCACGAUACGGCGAUAAUUCUGAUUAUUGUGAUAACACUAGUAACCACCAUAUGAUUAAUUGUGAUAUUGUGAGAACCUUCUGGUCGACAAUUGCUCUCACACUUAUACAUGUGUGUUAACAGGAAGGCUUCACCGAUAUUGGCUGAGAAUAACAGCGUUUUUAUAUAUCUCAGACAGUGUUUCGUUUUUUCCUAAUGAAGGAAAGUGAUGUCGAGCCCCUAUGAGCCUCUGUAGAAUGGAGCAGGGUCAAUGGGAGUUUUGUUUUGGGAAAUUGAAAACCUAGCUUGUAACAUGUCGGAGUAAGUUUAGCAUGCCACUUAACCCAGCUUCCUGGAAUAGCACCUUGAGCCCAUAGUGCUGUUUUGUGAUCCUUUUUGUUUUUUAACCUGACGCGGGGGAAAGUUUUGUU